AUGGCGAUGAUGACUGGCCGUGUGCUGCUGGUGUGUGCCCUCUGCGUGCUGUGGUGCGGUGUAUGCGCGGUGGUUGUGUCGGCGGCCGAUUCUGGGAUUGCAGACGCUUCCGAUGGUCAUUUACUUCACAACGGAAGUGGUGGUGGGGUUGGUGGUUCGUCCCCUUCCGAAGCUGGGAGGCCUGGUGGUACUGAAGAUGCAAUGGGGAAGAUUUCCAAUGUUAAUGGAAGUGAUUCUGCGGGUUCUGUUGUUUCCGGCAACAACCUUUUAUUUUCUGGUGGUGGUGAGGGUGGUGUUUCAGACGUCUCUAAGUUGAAGUUACCGCCUGUGGAGGAGGGUCCCAAUGACAUAAAAAAUCAACCACAAGCCCUGUCCGGAGUUGCGUUGCCGCCCGGAGUGGAUUCCACAGGAACAUCCAAGCCUGAUGCAGAAAAGCCGUCGUCCAUUAAUAAAAGCUCGAAAGGAGAUCGUACUGAUGAUGUUGUCGAUAUUUCCUUGAAGAAAAAAGAAGAACUCACUGACGUGAACAAAGAAGAAAAAACCGUCUUGCCUCCUAACGACAGCGAAUCACCAGCGCCAACAGAGUUGGGGGCAGAGGAGGGCUUAAAGGGAAAACCAGCUUCAGGAGUGGCAUCACUUCCAGCAAAGGGAGAAGAGGGAUUGCCGGAGACGGGCCAAGGCGAGGGAUCACCAAGGAGUGAAGCUGCGUCCAGCGCGGGUAAACAACAAGAUUCACCAACUGUGAGUCAACAACAAACACACUUUUCUUUAUCUCCUUCCCAAAACGAAAUUGUUCCGACUCCUAGUUUAGGAAAGGGGCGCGCUGCGGAGGACAUUUCCAAGAAUAUCCCACCAUCUGGUAACGCAGUACAGAAAGAAGGAGCGCAACAUGAAACUGUUGCUGGCGGUGAAAAGCCAACAACACCAGCAGCUAACACCCGAAACACAAUUGGCAAAACUCUUCCUGGCGACAGCGACGGCAGCUUAACAACUACUUUCUCCGCAGGACCUGUCGCUAGCAGAAGGAGCACUCAAGUCUCUGGUGAUGCGAUCAACACUGACGGGCUGAAUUUUGAUGUCUCCAGUGAUAACGUGGCACACAACAAUAUGACUGCAAAAGUUGAAAACGCAACAGGCAGCAAGGAAACCGUGGCAACUAACAGUGGGAAAUCCACAACAGUACCGGAAACCUUCACUGAUAAGGCAAUAGGUACAGUGACAACUGGCGACAAUGACGGCAGCACCGCGGUCUCCCACACCACCUCCCCUCUUUUGCUUCUUCUUGUUAUUGCGUGUGCGGCUGCUGCUGCGGUGGUGGCCGCGUGA